AAAGAAAUAAAAUCUAUAGAGAAAAAUAAAACAUGGGACUAAAGUGAAGAAACCAAAAGGCAAUAAAAGUACAAAUUAUACCUCUUUGGAUCUGAACUGAGCAGAUAAAGCCUCCAAGAUCCGAGUAGAAAAUGCCACCCCACACGACCCUCCUCUCGACGCGUCGCGUCCCCCGCACCCUAAAUUAAUUCCGGAGGGUAUUUUCAGGCCCUUUCAGGAGGGGGACAGGCCAAAAUCGAUAGCGCGCAGUGUCCCCCUUUUCGACUGGAGGGACCUACAAAGGGCCAUCGUCAGUUUUGUUAAAAUUGUCUGACGACAGACACACAUUAUAUUUUGAAAUUUGAAUUACGAUGAAAUCUCCACAAAUCAAAUCGAUUCGUUUGCUACAAGAGUGCCACCAAGAAAAUGUCGAAGUGAUGCUGAAGAACCUGUUGAAGGACGAAACGUUGAGCGACAUUACUUUACAUUGUAAAGAUGGUGCUGUUAGAGCUCACCGAGUCAUUCUUGCGGCAUCCAGUCCCUAUUUCAAAAAGGUAUUCCAAGAACACCCCGAACACCAAGUAGCCUUUCUUCUACACGGUAUGACAGUGCAACACAUCAAAAGCUUAGUUGAGCUUAUGUAUAGAGGCUCAACGCAAAUUGCCAGCGAUAUGACUGCGAAAUUAUCAGAUAUUGCUGAAGAGUUUGGAAUUAAAGGGAUUGUCGAUGAAAAAGAUAAAUCAGCAUUAAAUAUACGUGAUACAAGAUUUAAAGGCCAAAAACGCGUUACAGUUGAUUUUGAAAAUGAUGAUGCCAAGACAAUUAAAAAUAUUAGGCGAUCUAGUGGAUCUACAAAAUCUCCAGAAGUCUUAGAAACCUCAACUGAAAUCAUCAUACCAAAACAAGAAACAGAAGUUGCUCAACAAAGUGUAACUCCACCCAUAAGAUUAUCAGCUGAAGCGAGAAGGCGCAACAAUUGGGCAAUGAAGCAGAGAAAGUACAAGUGCACCUUGUGUCCUGCAAGCUUCAAAAGGGCUUCACAUUUGAGCAGACACCAGCUUGUCCAUACAGGUGAAAGGCCUUACGCUUGCAGCCAGUGCGACAAAGCAUUUUCCAGGCACGAUAAGUUGAAGCACCACAUUAAAAAGACCCACGAGCAUUUGAAGUAUAUUGGAAAUAUAAUGGAGGGCUCAAAUGAUUUUUAUCCCAUUGGUCAAACAACUGCUGAAGAAAUUGAUGAAGAACCCAAACGUAUUACCAGAGAAGAUCUUUUGGCGGAAAUCAAAGAGGAGCCAGAUGUUUCUGAAACAGCAGAAGAUUUGAGUGUAAAUAAGGCUGAGUGUGAUGAAGCACCUAAAAUGGACACGGAUACUGGAAGCAGUAAUAAUUCUAUGGAGGAUAAAGCGCCACAGAAAAAAGGCAGAGGAAGGCCUAGGAAGUAUCCUGUAGUUCCGAGACCUUUGGUUAAACGUCCUAGAGGACGGCCACGUCUCAACCAAUCAGUGUCACCAUUGAAACCAGGCUUCAAACUAUCCACCAGACACAUCGACGACUAUGACAUCACAAACAUGCCUUUUGGAGACUUGGAAUAUCUCACCAAACCCCUACAAAUGGAACAAAAUGAAAAUUCAGAAAGCUUUGAUGAUUCUAAUAACUCAAUGGACGAUAACUUUAUGGAACCCUUGGUAGAAAUUGAACUGGACAAGAAAGACAAAAACCAACUAGAGCUUAAAAAUGAGAACAAAGAAGAAGACAGCACUAUUUUACAUCACCAUACCGCUGGCGCAUUUCUGCAAAACAUCGGCCUAUUGGAAACCAGUGCUGUAGCUAAAAUGGAGCUGGGAGAGUGCACGAUAUCAGUCAGCAAUGGACCACCACCAUUGACUUGAAUAUAUUUUUGUUUAUAAAUAAAUGUUACUAUUAUAAUAAUUUAAUUUAUUGUCUUAAAAAUUCUCAUUCAUAUUUACAGAGCAACAAUAUUAUACAGCUACUCAAUAAAUGGUUAUUCUACAAUAAAACACACAAAAAAAAGAUAUUAUUUUGGGCUUACAUUGUAUUUUUGUACUAAAUCGUAGAAAAACCAUAGAAUAAAUAAAAUAAUUCUAAAAAAUUUUACGCAGCCACUUCCUUCAUCCUAUUCAAAGCACUGCCAGCUUUGAACCAAGUAAUUUGCAAAUCAUUCAUGGUAUGAUUCAAAAGAAUCUUAUCAACCUUGCCAUCCUUAUGCUUGAUUUCGCACUCUACAGGUUUUCCGGGAGUCAAAUUCUUCAACCCUUUCAAACUAAUUUUAUCAGUGGGCUGAAUUUUAUCGUAAUCACUCGCAUUGGCAAACGUCAAAGGCAAUAAACCUUGUUUUUUGAGGUUGGUCUCGUGGAUACGAGCAAAUGAUUUCACAAUGAUGGCUCGACCGCCCAAAUGACGCGGUUCCAAAGCGGCGUGCUCUCUAGAAGAACCUUCACCGUAAUUUUCAUCGCCCACUGCAACCCAUUUGACUCCUUUGGCUUUGUAGUCGCGGGCCACAUCUGGAACUCCACCCCAUUCACCUGUUAGUUGGUUUUUGAUUUUGUUCAUUUCGUUGUUUUC